AUGAAUGUGCACGUUCCAAGCCCCGAAUGGUGGAGGCAUGCAGAGGCAGAAGAGGCUCUUGAUGGAGAUGCGAAAAGGGAAGAAGUCAAGAAAGUAGAUUUGGACAUGGAGGGCAAGGUGGCGUUCAUCCUCUACAACGUCCUCACCCCCGAGGAGUGCCAGCACCUCAUCGACAAGACCGAGAAGAUGGGCUACCGGCCCCUGCCCGGGUACUCCCCCUCGUACCGCAGCAACACGCGGGUCAUCGUCGACGACCCCGACCGCGGCCUCACCAACGAGCUCUGGCGCCGACUCUCGCCCUUCGUGCCCGACCUCGCCGAGACCCGGGCCGUGUGGCGCCCCUACGGCCUCAACGAGCGCUGGCGGUUCUGCAGAUACACGCCAGGGCAACACUUCUCGUCUCACUUCGACGGCUGCUUCCGUGCGAGCGAAGACGACAAGAGCCACCUCACGGUGAUGCUUUACCUGAACGGCGGCUUUGAGGGCGGCGCCACGGUCUUUCUCGAGGGGACGAAGGACCGGGUGCAGCCCGUGGCGGGCAUGGCGCUGGUCUUUCAGCACAACAUCUACCACGAGGGCGAGCGCCUCGAGUCGGGCGUCAAGUACAUCAUGCGCAGCGACGCCAUGUUUCAACGAUUCGACACCUCCUCAUGA